GGGCGCUGCACAGCUUCUGCGUGUCACCGGGUACUGUCAUCAAUGGACGUGGAUCCCCAAAAUAGAGAUACCCUGUUUAUUUAAUAUUUCUACCAAAUAAUGUGUGGUGUGUGAGUUAUGGAAGAGAGACUCAAGUAUUCCCUGUUGCGAGAUGCGACUGACAAUCAAAAUAUCUGGUCCAGGCAGGACAAAAGAUUGUGGUUCUGCACACUGAUUCUGGGCACCACCACCCUCUAUUCCACACGCACCACGAUGCCCCUUCUGGUGCCAGCUGUGGCCAGUGAGAGGAAGUGGAACAAGACAGAUUCUGGCACUAUUCUCAGUUCCUUCUUCUGGGGCUACACUCUGACCCAAGUCCUCGGAGGCUAUUUCAGUGAUCGCAUUGGAGGACAGAGAGUGAUUCUGGCUGCUGCCAUUGGCUGGUCUCUGAUCACUUUCUGGAUGCCCAACAUCAUCCUCAUGGCGCCAAAAUCUCUCUCCUGGGGAAUUCCCUUCAUUGUAGUCAUCAGGAUCAUCAAUGGGGCCUGCCAGGGAGUUCACUUUCCCAGUAUGAUCAGCAUUACUAGUCAGAAUCUCUGCGCAACCGAGAGAGCCAGUUUCUUCAGCAUGCUGACAUGCGGCUCAGCCCUUGGUACUCUGCUCACGGGAAUCCUGGGCUCACUGAUCCUAGACUACUUCGGUUGGCCUUCAGUGUUCCGGGUGAUUGGAUUCCUGGGUCUAGCCUGGACUCUCUUUCUGCGCUACUAUACCAUGUCUUCGGACAAGAGUCGCGUGGUGAAUGUACAGUGCCCAAAAUUAACUCAUCACGAUGCUGCAGUUCCUUGGUUACGCUUCCUACGGCAUUCAUCGCUGUGGGCAUGCGUAAUAGCUCACGCGUGUGAGAUGAACUGCUUCUUUGUGCUGCUCUCUUGGCUCCCGACCUACUUCCACGAUUCCUUUCCUACAGCCAAGGGUUGGGUUGUCAACAUGAUUCCCUGGCUGGCUCUGCCGCCCUGCACUGUGCUGGGAAAAAUGCUGACAGACUGGCUUGUGGCUCGAAAUUGGUCUCUUACGUCCGUCCGGAAGAUCGUUCAGAGCUGCUGCUUUGCGAGUCAGAAUCUUGCCCUUGCUGUCAUGUGUCAAGCCACGGAUUUUGGAACAGCUCUCGUCUGCAUGACAGUCGUCAUAGGAGGCUCUGGUUUUCACAAUAAUGGCGUCACGGUUAAUCCGCAGGACCUGUCCCCAACCUACUCGGGCAGUGUAUUUGGCCUCAUGAAUACCAUGGGGGCUGUGCCUGGAUUCCUGGGUGUCUAUCUGGCUGGAUACAUCCUUGAGCUUACACAGAGCUGGACGGUGGUCUUCACCACUUCCAUUGCCAUCAACUUCUUUGGCUGGAUCGUGUUUACGCUGUUCGGGUCGGCCGAUGUGAUUCAAUAGCAUUCCUCCUACUGUGGAGAUUUUUACUGAUUGGAACACACUCAGGCGGCUCUGGAUGACCACAUGAGUAGAACUGUUGCCAAAUCAAAACCCAUUCCCAGGGUAAGUCUUGAGACCAGUGUUUGAAAAUCGAAUUUAUGGGAGUUUUUAGGGGUGCCUAAACUGAAUAAGAAAUAUACUUGCCCUUGCAUAGGGCUUGAAACUGAGAUAGAAGAGGGAAAAAAUUGAAAAAUUGACUGAAAGAGCAUUCAGACAAGAUCAUACCUUAUUCUCUUGAUUACUUAGAUUAGUUUUAAAAUUUGUUCAAAGAUGUGACUUCUGAAAUGUAGGACAUUUUCUGACUUCUGAGUUCUAUAGGACUUUUGAAAUUCAAAACGCAUGAUUAUUGUUAGAUCUUGAAGGAAAAAUUAGGUUUCCAGAAAAAAUUUGUAAAAUUAUUUUAUUAACCUUAAGGCUUUCCUACAUAAACCUGGUUCUUUUGGUUCUAGAAUGCCUUACGGAUUUCAAAGGCUACAAAACGUAAAUUUUGUAAUUUGCAAAUAAUCCUUGAAAAGUGUUCAUGUUCUAGGUUUUAGUAGAAGAAAAAUACCUCAAUGCCCAGGGACAGAUAUUACCUAGAACCAGUAGGGCAAUUCUGUAAUGAUAUGACAAUGUCAUAUGACAAAUUUUCGUGAUAAAUUCGAGAACAGGACAACUUUAAAGGCCAGUGAGUACCGAAUGGUCAUUAUCAUUACUGAUUUUCAAUGAAUUUUUCCAAAUUUUCCAUAUAAAAAUUUUAAAAUUUGUCAUAUGACAUUGUCAUACUGUUACAGAAUUCCCCUAUGGAAUGAAUACUUAUUUCUUUAAAGAUAAGAAACUUUUCACUAAACUGAAUGAUAAUUAUUCAUUAAAAAAAACUUGACCUGGAUUUUUGUUUAGUUUUUGCGAAAUACAGGACCCUAUGAACCCUUGAACCUAAUUUCUUAAUCGAGAUUCACUCCAAUAAAAUAAAUUGAGUAAAACAGGGAAAUCGGGUUAUUUGUACAAUAACAUGGUGAAUGUAAAAUUUUAAAUUUCAACCUUCACUGAGAGAAAUCCGAAAAAGUUAAAAUAACAUUCCGGAAAUGUUUAUUUUACUCUGCAGUAUUGAUCCGAAAUCUGUGUAAAUACUAUGCUUUUUAGGUGUAUUAGGGGUUAAAGUUACUCUUUUUCAUGUUAAUUUUACCCUUAAAAAGGUGUAAAAUUAACAUUAAAAAAUGUUUAUAUAUUUUUACACCUAAAAAGUGUUAAAGUUAUGAGGAAAAAAAGAUAAUCGCACCCUCUUUUUUUCUCAGUGUUGUAAUUUCGAACAAAUCAAGGUAGAACUCGGACAACGUCAGAAUUUGAAAAUAAUGAAUUAAAGUAAAUAAAAAACAAUAAAUUAGAAUUAAUCAAAUAAUCAAUUUAAUAAUCAAAUCAAAGUUCAAGCUACUAAACUGAUUUAUCCGAAAAUCCGUUCUCCGAAAUUUCAAAUUUUAUCCUGGGAUUUUCUUUUUCUAAAGUCUCCGGCAAAACUUUUAGAUCAGGAAAAUUUCAUAAGAUCAAAAUGCAGAUCCCUUUCUUUCUUAAAAGUUUAGGAUAUGCCUAUCCUACUCUUUAGCACUAUUCUUCUUCUUCUUUUGAACAUCACGCCAAAUUAUUACAGUUCAAUUAAUUAUCAAGACACUAAAUAAUUACUGACGUUACACUAAAAUUUUGUUAUUUUUGAAAUAUUCAAAAUGAAUUUAAAUUUAUGACUAUAAGUGAAAGUCAUAUUCUAAAUAUUUUUUUUGUCCCAACAGAGCAUCACUAUUGACGCAUUCUGAGUAAAAAUACAGACCUUUUGCGACUAGUACUGUACUUUUUCGAUGUAAGGCAAUUUCUUUAACAUUUCUAAAUUAAAAUUUUUUAAACAUACUAAAAAAAGUAAAAAAAGCUGAAAAAUUCAAGUUUUCAGGAGUGGUUCUAUUUUAUUCGCCGCCACUGUAUCUAUAACCGGUUUUAAAGGCUAUACAGUACACUCUCGCUCAAUCGGCUCUUUUUCAAUCGGGCGACAAAUUUUGUUGACAAUUUUCACAUUUAAUUAUGAAGCUAAUUUGCUCAAAUUCGCUGUAGUUCUUUCUAUUUUAUCGUGAUUCUUUAUAAUUGAGCGCUUUUUGUGGAAUUUAUAAAGGCUUUGACACCCAAAUUUAUCGAUAAACCGGAUGACAUUUCGCCCCAAAUGCCUAUUUGAGAGAGAGUCUACUGUAUCUAGGCGGACAUUAUUUCGUCCAUUUUCAAAAAUACCGUUGAAUAAUUUCUAAUCAUUUCUAAAUACGUGAAAACUGAAAACGGAUUGAAAGAAUUAGGCAUGAAUUAUGAAUUGUCUCCAAUUGGGAGCUCAUAAAAUAAUUUUGAAAUGUACCUAAAUGUAUACGCAAAUGUUUUUCUUAUGAACAGUUGACGCUGAAAAUAGGCUGAAAAAUUGUCGCCAAAAAUUCCAAAAGCCUCUCCUGUCGGUAUGCAAUUUUUCUGUGGCAUUUUCUUAGAAAGCGGAACUCCCUGUAACGAUUUUUCAAGGUCAAAGGUUAAAAAGGCUCUGAAGAGCUUAUUUCUCAACCGAAUGUUACCAUGUUUGGGCUCGUUGGAAAGGCCUUGGAAUUUCUCACAAGACUGAACUGAUCUCAAUCGGUUCUGAACCGGUAAUGAACCGAUUAAAAACCGAUAAAUAAUUUUUGUCCGAAAAAUCAAUUUUAUUACUUCUAAGCCAUUUUGGGCGAUCUUGGGGGUAAAUUCUCUAAUUUUCGUGAGUAUACACGGUAAAAACUUUUGGACACUGACCAAAACAUUGGAACAAAUUUUCCUUGGAACAAUUUUUUUUUGGAAUCAAUUUCUACCUAGAGAAAUUUGUUUGUUCCAAAAAGUUUUCUUUACAGUUUUGCUACGAAAUAUAGUUACAAUUCUGUUAGAGUUUUCUUUUGGAACCGUUUUGAUACAGUGGAAUGUCUACAAAUUUGAGUUGAUUUCGUUUUAUACAAAUUUGUUCCUUAUGGCUCUGGCACACCUUUUAGAUCAGGAAAAUUUCAUAAAGUUGAAAUUGGAAUCCCUUUCUUUCUCACACGUUUUUCAUAUGUCCAUCUCAUUCUUUCGCACUCUUCUUCUUCUUUUAAACAUCACAACAAAUUCAAUUUAGCUCGAUCAAAUUUUAUGUGCGAAAAAAUGAGAUAGACAUAAUGCAAAACGUGUGAGAAAGAAAAGAACGUGAAUUUUGAUUUCAUGAAAUUUUCUUGAACUAAAAGGUGUGCCGGAGCUAUUAAAGUUGGAAUAGAUUUUGUUGCACUCGGCUGUUUUGUUUCCUCUGUCAGGAACAAAUUGGUACAUUUUCUUUAUAACAACAUUAUUCCUACAUCUGUAACAUAUUUGAUCCAAAAAUUUUCGGUGUCCGUGGACGAGAUAAUUUUUUGAACGAAAUUGUUACUCAUAUGGGGGAUCUUUUUUUCCCAUUGUCGGGAACAAAUUUGUGUCAAAGAUUUCAUCUUACAGUUAAGGCAUAUACUUCAGUCGAGAUGGAUUUCGGUGACGAAAGUUCAUAGGGAACAUCAAAUAAAAAUCAACUUCAAACAAAAUUGUAACUAUUCGUAACAAAAGUGUAAAGGAAACUUUUUGGAACAAACAAAUAUCUUCUCUAGGUACAAAUCGAUUCCAAAAGAAAAAUGUUCCAAGGAAAACUUGGUCCAAUAUUUUGGUCAGUGUCCAAAAGUUUUUACCGUGUUAUAGAAUCUAAAUCACGAAUUCGAGCAUUUCGGAAAGCCUGGGACUCCUGGGACGCUUUGCCAUAAUUUUUUUCUCCAAAAUCGUUUAGAGGUUUUGAAAUAUUGGAAACUUCAUGAAAUCUUUUAUUUUUCGAUGAAUUUCAUUAAAAUUCUAGAUUCUAGAUUUAAAAUUCCUACAACACUGUGUCGUAUAAAUACGAAUUUAAUGCCGUUUGAAAAAUGGUUUUGUUUCUGUAUUUUUUUUUUAGUGUAGCCAGGCUAGGGCCGCUAGGGCUGACAUUUUUUUAAAAUUAGGUUUUCCUAUAUUCAAAGUAAACACAGACAAUUCCGAAAAAGUUAAAAUAACAUUCCGGAAAUGUUAAUUUUACCCUGCAUUAUUGAUCCAAAAUCGAUGUAAAUAUUACCCUUUUUAAGUGUAUUGGGGUUAAAGUUACCUUUUUCAUGUUAAUUUUAGCCUUAAAAAGUGUUAAAAUGAUGAGGAAAAAGUCAAUCGCACCCUCUUUUUUUUCUUAGUGAAUGAAUAAAUGCCUUUCAAGUCAAUUCAGAUUGAUCAUGGAAACAGGUUUAUUGAAAGGAAAGCGUUUAUCAAAAUAAUUUUAAAUAUAUUUAACUUUGAAUUAAUUCGACAAGAACCUUAUGACGGUUGCUCAAGAAAUGCUCUUAAAGAUGAGGAAAUUAGAAUUAAAUGGGAAUUGUCUCCCAAAACUUGAAAGACUCACCUUGAAUGGGAAAUUUCUCGAGAAUUGUGCUCAGUGGAAUUGUUCAGCUGUUGGAGAUGUGAUCCAAAUUACAAGAGAUACCCAAGAACUAUGUUAGAUGUUAAUAAGUCAAUUAACAGUUCCCAAAAAAAAAGAAUGUUGUGAAAGUAAAAUAAAUUCACUUUUCUAUUGUGAGAAUGUGUUUAUUCAAUGGCAAAGGCCAAAAAGAAAUAAAACAUCGAGUAUGGAAGAUAUUCGAGAGACAGUGUUAAUUGUUGUAAUAAAUAUAUAUUGUAAAAAUCACUAGAGUCUGAUGAAUGGUGACUACAGACGAAUACGGAAUGAGCUGUAAAUAGGUUAAAUCAAAAUUAGAUAGUCCAAUAAAGGCAAUUUAUGACCAAU